CAGCAGUCGACGAAGCAGACGCCGCGCCGGGUGCACUGCAUUUCGGAGGUUAAUGCAAGUCGGUGCAGACGUCAAACUGGCCCUUCGAGGCCCGUCGCAGGUUCUCGAAGUGCCUUUUAAACUGUUUAAAAUCUUCAUCUGAGAUGAGAAUCAUUCAAGAUUAGCAUCAUUUCAUCUCGCUGCUUCAAAGAAGAAUUUAAGACUGAAAAAACAUUGGAUUGACAGAUUUUGUGCAAAAAUGGCCUUUAGCAAAAAUUUGGGACUUCUUAGGAUACUACUUCUCAUAAUAGUAGCUUCCAUUCAAAUUUCAUUGAGUGAUGCUUUAUUAGAAGGUAUCUACUGUGGAAAAGAAAACUGCUAUGAUGUCCUUGGUGUCACAAGAGAAGAAACUACCAAGUCAGAAAUAUCUAAGAAAUAUCGUGCUUUAGCCAGAAAAUUCCACCCAGAUAUGCACCGAUCUCCUGAUGCUAAAGCGGAGGCAGAAGUGCGCUUCAAACAAAUUGCUACUGCAUAUGAAAUUCUCAAAGAUGAUGAAAGUCGAACUGAUUAUGAUUACAUGUUGGACAAUCCUGAAGACUAUUACCGCCAUUAUUAUCGAUACUAUCGGAAUAGGGUGGCUCCCAAGGUUGAUGUUAGAAUUGUUUUAAUUGUAACAAUAUCUAUCAUAUCAGCAGUACAGUAUUAUAGUGCAAACCAGCGUUAUGAAGUUGCAAUCAACUACUUCAUGCAGCAACCUAAGUAUCGUAAUCGUGCUUUGGAUGUUGCGAGGGAACGUGGGGCAUAUGAUGAUAAUAAUGUAAAGAAAGGAACCAAGAAAAAAAAUAAGCAAGAGAUCAAAGAGGAAACAGAACGUGUCAUCCGAAAAGUUCUUGAAGAAAAUAUGGACAUUCGAGGUGGAUAUGCUAAGCCAAAAGUCAGUGAUAUUCUUUGGAUACAGCUUAUACUUUUACCUUACACUGUAGUUGCUUAUUUGAUGUGGUAUGCUUCUUGGACCUGGAGGUUCAAUAUAAAAAGGGAGCCUUAUGGAGAGGCAGAGAAGCUCUAUCUUAUUAGACGAAACAUGAAACUUGGUCAGUAUCAGUUUGAUGCUAUUGAAGAGCCUGAGAAAAAAGAAUUUCUUCGCAGGGAACUAUGGUUGAAAGAAAAUUAUGAUGCUUGGCAUCAAGAGAAAGAAGAAGAAAUGAAAGUGAAAUUGGCAGAGAGUGCAAAACAUAAAGCAUACCGGAGAUAUCUUAAAGUUCAUGGCGAAGGAAGAAUGACAUUUGAUGAUUCAUAGUAUUCCAAUUUUCUCCUAAUCAAUUAUUGCUGUUGUUCAUAUUUUUUGUUCCUUCCAUUUAUUCUAAUAAGUCGGGUAUAAUUUAAGGAUACAUCUGCUGCUCAGGGCACAAACCAUUUUCGUACUUGACUUCUCCCAGUCUUCUUUUUAACCUUGAGCCUUUGUUUUACCUUUCUUCAAGCCUAACUUGCAUUAUCUGUCAUUUAGGAAGAAGCAAAUAUCUAGUAUCUAGUAUUUGGCUUCUACGGCCAAAAGAAAUUGUACAAAUAUCUCCUGUUGGCUUUGACAGUUGAUGAUGGAAAUUAUGGUUUCCAAUCUUCUCCACUUUCCUACUCUAUCAAUUUUUUUGAUAGUUGAGAAUUUUUAAAAAGUGCCAAGGUUAUUUAGUUUGUACUUACAUGAAACAAAUUUGAAUUUAAUUAAUGUUUGGUUGUGUAUGUGAUCUUCACCCAGUGACUUCGAUUGCAGGGUAUCAUCUGCAUUGGACAUAAACUUUAUCAAUAUUUAUUUCCUUUUGUUGACUACUUUUAAGAUUUGGCAGUAUGCAAGCAAUGAUAUUGAUCUAAUGGUAUACUUGUUAAAAUUUCUGUGAAGGAUUUUAUUUCCGAAACAUUCUUGAACUUACUGUUGUUUGCAAACUUGAUGUGUGAUUCAUUAUAAUAUUGUGACUCUUAAUCAGACCUACAUUCUUCCCUCCAUUAAUUUAUUUAUGUUUUCUUGUCUCUCUCAGUCAAAUAUACUAAACCUUGCAAUUU